AUGGACCAUAGUGGCAUGGACCACGGCGGCCACGGCGGCGGCGACAUGCCCGACAUGUGCAAUAUGAACAGUCAGUCGCGCGCAUAUGCGACGCGCACAAAGUGCAAAAAGCUGAUCAUGCAUUCAUCCCCGCCUCGGGCGCAGAUGCUCUUCACCUGGGACACCAACAACCUCUGCAUCGUGUUCCGCCAGUGGCACAUCCGCAGCACCGCCGGCCUCGUCUUCUCCCUCAUUGCCGUCAUCGCCAUCGGGGCCGGCUACGAGGCCCUGCGCGAGGCCAUCCGCCGGUACGAGCACCGCCUAAAUUCGAGGGCAGAUGCCGCGCCACGUAAGUAUACAGUCCCUCUGUACCUUGACCGUUUUCUGGGUCUCUCUGCCUGUGCGCCUAUCCUCCUGUGUGUGUGUGUGCCAUGGCUCUCACCGGGCUUUUGCUUCAUCGUCCCCGUUUCUCUACAUCCCUCUCUCGAACCCAUCUGCCAAGCGUGUGGGAAAACCCCAUGGUUUGCUAGAGAGCGCGGAAAAAGAGCGGUUGCUAAGAUUGAGACCCGAGGCCCCGUCGCUACCGAGUCUGAUGAUACUGAGACCACGCCCUUCCUUUGGACAGGACGAGACCGCCCCGAGGUCACGAAGCGAGCCCACCUGAUCAAGGCCGUGCUCUACGGGAUCCAGAACUUUUACGCCUUCAUGAUUAUGCUUAUUUUCAUGACCUACAAUGGCUGGGUCAUGAUUUCCGUCUCUAUGGGUGCUUUUGUAGGCUAUCUGCUCUUUGGCGGCUCCACGCCGGCUACCAAGGAGACUGCCUGCCACUGA